AUGGAAUGUGGACAAAUUGACUUGGCUCAUUUACUUAAUGGUAAAACCGGAAAGCCUAUAAAGAUAGAUUUUAUUCGAUUAUGUUGGCAGCAGAUGCUUGAAGCUGUUUAUACGAUUCAAUUAGAAAACAUUGUUCAUUCAGAUUUGAAACCAGCCAAUUUUAUUGUUAUUAAUGGGUCCCUAAAAUUAAUUGAUUUUGGAAUUGCAAGAACUAUACCAAAUGAUACUACAAAUAUUCACCGGGAGCAACAGGUUGGAACGAUAAAUUAUAUGUCACCUGAAUCUAUUCAGGGUAAUAAUAAUAAUGUCAAUAAAGUCAAUAAUACAGGAGGAAAAUUAUUGAAAUUAGGACGUGCAAGCGAUGUUUGGUCUUUAGGCUGCAUCCUUUAUCAACUAGUUUAUGGUCAUACUCCAUUUUCUCAUCUAACUAUGAUUGAAAAAAUUAAGAGUAUUCCUGAUCCAGACUUUCCUAUUGAGUUUCCUCCAACCUCCAGUCUGAUACAUAAUUUUAAUCGAGCACAUUUAGCUAAUCAAGAAAAUAAUACUAGUCAAUAUGCUCCAGUCGACGCCAAUUUGUUGAGAAUUAUGAAAAGUUGUUUGAAAAGAAACCCUAAAGAUCGAGUCACAAUUCCAGAGUUAUUAGCUGAUCCGUUUUUGAGUGGGUCACAUGUACCAUGUAAUUGA